UCCGUUGGGCAGCAGGGCCUCCACGUCAUCUCGAAGCUGAUUGGCUGUGUUGUGGCUGCGGAAGUGAGGCAGUGUUGUUUGUGUGUCGCGAGGUAGCUUGAGUGGAGCUCGACGGGAUAAACAUGCGCUAAUUAUUAUAUUCUCUUAUAAUACUAUCAUAAGACUUCCUAAAGGCGUUUUAACAUGGAGGCGGAUGAUGGCGCGCGUGUCCGCAGUGAAGAUGUUCCUCCCCAGAACCAGGAUCUGAGUUUUCUGCUGUCUUCUGUUACAGCUUUCCUGUCAGACUAUGGCUGGUAUGUGAUGUUCGUGUGUGUGGGAGUGUAUCUGCUCAUCCAGCAUCUCCGCAAGAACAGAUCCACAGACAGUCAGAGCUCGUCUGUCUCAGCGGCCAGCCAAGACCCGGAAUCUGUGGUGAGGUCUCAGGUCUCUCUGGAGGCGUCCCGCAGGAGAAUGCAAGAGGAGCAGGACGCCCGAGCGGCAGAAUUCAGAGAGAGGCAGCAGAGGCUCGAGGAGGAAAAGAGAAGACAGAAAAUCGAGAUGUGGGAAAGCAUGAAGGAGGGAAAGAGUUACAAGGGAAAUGCAAAAGUUGCACAAAACACAGAAGAGGCCACUUCCUCCAGCUCACUGAGACCAAAGACCGACAGAAAGCCCCUUCGCAACAGUGGAUACAGUCCUCUGUCGGGAGAUGGAGGAGGAACGUGCUCCUGGAGACCCGGCAGGAGAGGCCCGUCCGCCGGUGGAUGAGGUUAAAGGAUGGUCAGACUGACCUCUGACCCUUUGGCCCUCCAUAGGAACACAGAAAUAUUAUCUGAAUGAAGCUGUCAGCAACUCAUCACAGGACAAUAGCAAAUAUGGUUAUAUUACAUAAGGGUCUUCAUGCACACUAUUUUUUUUUCCCCGCUAAUCGACUUAUGCAUUGUCUUUUACACACUCUCAUGUCAUUCCAAACCUGUAUGCUGUUACUUUUUUCAAUGCAGUAGUACUAGAAGUAUCGUGUAGUGCACAGGUUGAUUGGACAGUUUUCUAGUUCUUUUACGUUUUUUUUGGUGCAUUUGCAGUCAGAAUGACAUGAGGGUGAGUCAAGGACAAAAUUAGCAUUUUUGACUGUUCUUUUAACUUGUGUGAAGAUUUUUUUUCAACUUUCAUGCACAUUAUGAUUAAGAAGCUAUUGCCCGUUUGUAUGAUCGACAGCUUCUAAUGACGCCUCCUCAUCAAAGGUAUUAAUACUCCUGGGGCAGGCUGAUGAUUUUCAGUAAUAAUCGUGUUUCUGUUUUUAGCUUUUCGCACUUAUGAAGGCUGUGCUAAAUAAUCACCUAGAGAGAGUAAAUACAAAUGCAAAGUGAUAUGUUCAUAUCAUUUGAUGUGUUUGUAUUGUUGUAAAUGUAGGGAUUGACAGAUCCAUCCGUGCAGUGGUUAAUGAUGUAUAAUAGCAGCCUACUGUAAGUGGUGUGAGGUCUCUGCUGUUUUCUAAGUCAUUGUAUUGUUCUCACUUCAUAGUUUCUCAGAAUUAAACUGCAUACUU